UCUCUUGUAAUUAUUGUGAAUAGGAACUAAUGAUUAGAUAUUUUUAUAUUGUCUGAUUGCGUUUGUUAUUGUAUACAAGGAUUUGCAAUCAACGAAUUGAGUGGUGCCUAGUGAUUGCGCAUAUUACUGAACGGAUUUACUUGAUAAAACAAUGGGAAGCACACAGUCGUUUCCUGGGUUGACAGAGGAUGUGCUUGAGGACUACACAUCUCUCACUUAUUUGACAAAAGGAGAAAUCCUAUAUUUGAUGAAAGAGUUUUAUUCUAUUGAUCCAGAAAAAGUACAAGAGGAUUUCCAUCACAGAUUUAGUAAGGAAGAAAUAUUGACCAAAUUCCACGUGUUACAGAACAAUCCGUUUUUAGACAGGAUAUUCAGUGUGUUUUCCUCUAAAGGUGAUGACUGUUUCUCUUUUGAAGACUUAGUGGAUCUAUGUUCGGCCAUGAGUUUUGAAUGCCCCGCUGAUGUCAAAGCCGCUUGGGCCUUUAGGAUAUUUGAUCUUGAUGAUGAUGGCCAGAUUACUGCUAAGGAUAUCGGUCAUAUCAUAGACCGUUUGACUUUAGGCGUCACUGAUAACCGCGACCAUUACAUCGAUGAAACAUCUAAGGAUAAAAUUGCUAAAGGUAUUCUGGAUGAAAUAAAUUUUGAUAAGAGUGGAGGUAUCGGACAGCAAGAAUUCAAGCUUAUUAUGUCUAGAAUACCUGAGUUUGCAACAUCUUUUUAUUUUAGACUCUAACGCCCGUAUACUGAAAGGCUAUUCAAAUUUUAAGCUGUACCUAGGCUUAAAUAUCGUGCCACCACCGUCAUUUUACAAAGAAUUUGUAAUGACAGACAGACUGACAGAACUAUACUUAGGCGCGUCUUAAAAUUGAGUGGCUUUUGAGUAUUUCGACGUAAGCUAUGUUUUUAUCUAUAAAAGUAUUAUUUAAUAAAGACUUCGAUCCUUUUUU